AUGCAACUAUCUUGUUAUAUUUUUAUUUUUAUCAUAUCAUUUUCAUCCAUCUUUGGAUUUGAUAAUCAUUAUACAUUAAAUGAUUUAUUACAAGGAAAAUUACCAAGAACCAAACGUGAUAUAUUAAAUUAUCUUAAUAUUAUGGAUUUUGAAUGGGUACAAAAAUUUUUAGAAAAACUUUUAGGUGAUUUGUAUGUUGAUUUAUCAGAGAAUGAUAAAUUUAUGGAAACAUAUAUUUUACCAGAAGAAGAAAAUCAGAAUAGUGAUGAAAAAGAAUUUUUACCAACAACUUUAAAAAUGGAAAAGACUAAUGUUAUAACAACAACAGAGAAACCAAUAAAAUUGAAAAAUACAAUAAAAUCCACAAAAACAAAAAAUGUUAAAAAUAUGAUGACUAAAAUAAUAACAAGCACUGGUAUGCCCUUUUUAGGAACAACAACAACUAGAAAAGUGCAAGUACUAGAGAAAAAUAAUCCCUAUAAAAUAAUAACACCAACAUUUAAAAAUAGCCAUUCAUUACUUAGAACAGGGGCUAUAAAAGAAGAUAACAAAACUAUUAAUACAACACCAAUACCAAUAGAUUUAGCUGAAUUUUGUGUUACAAAAUGUGAAAUUUCACAUGAUUAUAAUGAUAAUGAAAAAUUGAUAAAAUAUGCAAAUAUUUAUAAUUCAGAACCUGAAGAAAUAUUAAAAGGAUUAUUAAAAGAAAGUCAAAUUAUUGAAAAACAAAUGUUACCAGUAAAACAUAAAAAUGUUGAUAGUGAAGUUGUUCAUUUUACCAUGAAUAUUUUGAGAUCAUUUAAACCAUUAAGAAGUUUAGUUAUAGGUGUUUUUACAGGUUACUCAACAAUAGCUAUCUCAUUAAUGUCACAUUUUGAUGGUAUUGUUAUUGGUCUUGAAGAUCCUGAAUUAAUUGAUUACUGGGAGGCUGUUGGAAAAAAAGCAUCACAUAAUUUAAGAUUAACUGAAAGAAUACAAAUUCGUGCAACAGAUUCUGUUGAAAGAGAAUUACAUAAAUUAGUACAAUAUGAACCAACAACAUUUGAUUUUAUAUUACUAGAUGAUUUUAAGUACGGAAAUUAUUUAGUAGAUUAUGAGAUGGCUGUAAAUAUUUUAAGAAGUGAUGGUAUUUUAAUAAUAACAAGUUCUUUUGCAAAUAAAAUAUUAAGUAAAAACAUAAAUGAAAUGACUGAUGAUGAUAAAAUUAUUCGUGCUUUAAAUCAUAGAAUUAAAAAUGAUAAUAGAAUUGUAUCAACAUUACUUCCAAUAUCCGAUGGAACAUGGUUUAUUGUUAAAAAAUAA